ACUGUGCUGCGGUGAUUUACCACUUUCCGUUGUUUAGAGUAGGGACCGAACGGGCCAGUUUCAUGAAACCGACAGAUUUUAUGAAAUGGCGAAUCCAGAGCUUGCUAAAUUACAAGCCCAGUUAAGGAAAGAAAUACAGAGUCAUCAGUAUUUGGUUUCGAGAAUCAAGCGAGAGCCAUUUAAUGCUGAGCUGCGAAAGCAACUGAAUGAACAACAGUUGAAAAUACAAGCUUUGAGUGACAAACAGAAAUGGGUCGUGCAGGACCUGCGAAAUGAGCUUGUGAAACACGAGGAAGCUUCAGUUAAAAUGGGAGCUCCUACUGUACAUCCUUCUAGGCCACUAACAUCUAGGAGUAAUAACCAGCAACAGACUGUACAGGUGCCAAAACUAACAGGCUCAUUUAAACUGGUGUCACCUUCGCCUAGUAGUGGUCAACGUUCAAGCCAUCAUACGUCCAGCAGUCACCAUACAUCUCACUAUUCAAACCCGUCCAGAAUGUCCAUCAUGACGAACAGCCCCAUUAAGGUACCUACGUUCACAACAGUCAGGCUGUCGUCUGGUAGUAAUAAGAGGGCAUCAAGUCCAACAGUUAUUCAGGAUCCUUACAAGUCGGUGGCAUCUAAUCUACAUACUGCAAAGAAGAUACUGCGACAGCAACAACAGCAACAACAAGCGGCACAAGAAGCUUCAACAAAGAAAGCAGACACUCCAGAGUCCCAGAAGAUUGAUUUUAUGGCUGCAUUGGACUUGAUUACUCCCCUGAUGGCCGAAAAACUGCAAAGAAAACGCUCAGAACGAAAAAGACGUACCACAGCAAACCCACAGUUCAGCAAUUAUGCCAAAUAUGAGCAAGGGGUUGUUUUACGCCGUAAGUCAGAUGGUUUAGUAGAGAAUGGCAUGCCAACUGACAAAAGAAGACGUGGACGCCCACCAAAGAACCCGGACAGUCGGCCUCUGACCCCAGACAAUAGUACUAGGCGAGAUAGCCACGACGACUUGUGCGCUGUGUGUAAGCACACGGGAGAACUUCUCCUAUGUGAUUGCUGCAAUCUGGUGUACCACCUUAGUUGUCUCCAGCCACCACUAGCAAUUAUACCAUCUGGGUUUUGGAUGUGUCCACAAUGCAAGGCAAAGCAUAGUCCAACCCAACCAUGGAAUGGCCAACUCAAAGCUAUACAUAAUCAACAUAAAGCUGCCAAGGAAGAGGAGAAAAAGCGCUUAAUGCGAAAGUCUACAGAACUACAAAAAGAGAGGAUUUCAUUGGAAGAUAAAGCUAGACAACUAAAUGAUGCAAUAACAGAUCAACUUAAAGCCAAACGAGAACUUAAUGAUUCAUUCAAGAAGACUGAAGCCACUAUUGAACAGCUCAAGAGUUUCCUGACACUUAUUAAUUCAUCAUCACCAUCACCACCAGCAGAACCCAACGUGCAGUCUUCAUCGCCAUCAACAGCUUCGGCUGGUCCUCCACUUACUCCUCCAAUAGGAGCACAAUCCUCAUGAUGAUAAUACCUUUGCUUCUUCAUUUUCUCUUUAAGAUGCUUAAUGUUUUGUCCAUACUGGUUGAGGAUUAUUCUGUCCAUAGAAUAGGAAUUCUUCUAUCCAUAAGGAAUUGAAUUUCUAUCCGUAAAGAAUAAGAAUCAUACCGUCAAUAGAAAUGUUAUCCUGUCAAUUAAGAAUGAAAAUCAUUCUGACUUUAAGGGACUGGGAAUCUUUCCAUAAAAGUGGAGAAUCUCUUUGUCUAUAAGGAAUGGUAAUCAUUAGGCCCGUAAGAAAUGGGAAUCAUUCUGUCCAAAGAACUGGGAACUUUGAGCCUGUAAGGUAUGGGAAUCAUUCGGUCCAUUAGAAAAUGGAGUCAUUUUGCCCAUAAGGAAUAGGAAUCAUCCUGUACAUAAAGAAUGGAAUCAUUCAGUCUAUAAGAACUGGGAACUUUUAGCCUUUAAGUGCAGAGAAUCACUUUGUCCGUAAGGAAUGGAGUCAUUUUGUCCAUAAAGAAUGGGAAUCAUUCUCUCCAUAAGAACUGGAAAACUUUUAGCCUGUAAGGGCAGAGAAUCACUUUGUCUGCAAGGAAUGGGAAUCAUAUGGUCCAUAAGAAAAAGGAGUCAUUCUGUCCAUAAGGAAUAGGAAUAAUCGUGUCUGUAAAAAAUGUGAUUUGUUCUGUCCACAAGGGCUGAGAAUCAUUUUGUCUCUUCAGAGAUCAUUCUAUCCUUAUGGAUUGACAUCUGUUUUUAAGGGUGGAGAAUUUUCUGUCCUUACGGAUUUGGAUUCAUUCUAUCCAUACGGGUGAAGAAGUAUUCCGGUUGUAGGAAUUGAGAAUCCUUUUGUUCAUAAAAAAUGAGAAUCACUAAUUUCAAGGUACGUUUAGUAAAUUUCAGCUUAUACUUGUAAUAACUAAAUGAUUUUAUUCACAGUAAAUCAUUUUAUAUCCCACAACAUAUUAGGCUGGAUUUUUACAAUCCUCUAUUAUAUAUGUGACCCCAGCUCACAAACAGGCUGUAAGCUCGUCCUCAGGCCAAAAUGAGUUUUUGUUAUAAUGGCAUAGAACAUAUCAUUUACUUUAAAAUGACAGUUAAAUGAACUCAAUCGGGUGUCUGGAAGCAAAGUUACGACCGUUUGAAUAAUUGUCAUCUUAUCAACUUUCUUAAAUCAAGUUUUCAGAAAAAUCCUUAUAUUUUCGGCAAGUUUCUAUUCAUUUUUCACUAGCUCCCAUCCGAAAAUGGCUAAAUUUUAUCUCUUACAGUUGGAAUUUUAAACUGAAACUUCGGGAAUAGUAAGAUUAAUAGUUAUACUUUAUUUAUUACACAAAAACCCAAUUCACACAAUAUUCACGUUCUACGCCCUAUUCUUGGGUAUCUACACUGUAUUGUUUCUCAAUACAGUGUAGUGCAAGUUUACAGUCCUUUUGGUGAGCUUGGGUCACAUAUACUAUUUGUCCUUAGGACUGUGAAUUGUUAUGGAUUACAAGCUCUAUCUAAAAUGUUUUGACAUCGGAACGGCAAUAAAACAAACAAGAAACUAAAUUUGCAAAAAAAGCAAUACGUUGUACCUGCAUUAAGUACCAAAAAUCCCAUGAAUGGGAAUGGGUAUUAUACAGUAUAUAUAUUCAUUAACCAUUAAAAUGGCCAGCUAAUAAUCCUGUUAUGUUUCACCACUAACUUGAAUAUCUUUUUUUUUUUUUCAAAUUAGUUUUUUAAAAUGUUUUUAAAAUACUGUACUAGCUUUUCUACUCAAAUUACUACUUUGUUUAUUGCCAUUUUGACGUGCAAUCCGCCCUGCAUUAUGGCAACUCAUGUUGAAAUUUUGUCCUUAUUGUUUUCUGUGCAGUUCUGGAUAGUGAUCAUGGAAAAGAUUCCCGUUCCCCGCUCUCCCCCCCCCCCCCACCGUCCCGAAAAUAAUUAAUUCAUAGCAAAUCAUUGAUUUAUCAUUGGAUGUAUCCAGUGGUAGUUUUUGUUUCAAUGUUUUGAAAGUUUAUAUUUAUAGUAAUGAGAGUUAAAAUACUUGUUGGUUUGUUAUAUGCAUGUUGCUUUGCAGCCAUUCAGAGUAUUAGUUAAUAAUGGAGACAAUUUGAACUAGCGAAAGAUCCACUGAUUAAUCUCAGAUACGAUAGUAUAAUAUAUACUCCAAGUAUCGAAAUGCACGCCAUCUUGUCGGGAUUCAGUAUUUCGACAUUAAUUAUGUCAUUAUCAGGAAUGAUGAUGACAUAAUUUAUGUCGAAUUAUAGAACCCCGACAUGACGGCGUGCAUUUCGAUACUUGGAGUAUUAUACUAUAUUAAUUUGAACUACAUGUAGUGGUUACACUUUUAUCAUAAGAAUUAAUAUGUGCCCACAAUAAAACAUCACAUGACAACUCAAGAUUGCAAAUGACAAAAAUAAUGCUUUAUUAGAAACCCAUGAAAUUGGAUUGAUUACUUCAGAUAAACCAUGCAAUGGUUUUGGUUCUCACUCUGUUGAUUUCCGUUAUUUAAUAAUUGCAGUCUCCCGAGUUUAGAUUUAAAAUGACAUGAAAAGCGGAAGUAAAUGAAUAACUGAAGAGUUUGUAAUUGAUAUUAAAAAUAAAUGAAUAAAUGCCCAUAAGAUAUGUAAUAUCUAUGUAAUUGUUUAUUAUAUUCAUACCAACCUUGUAUGAAUUUUUUAUAGUUAGAUGCUAAAUUGCAAAUGUAUAGGAAGGAUUCCCAUAUCAGGCUUCAUUAUAUAUUAGCUGCUCUGCUUCGUGCCUCUAAAGGUAAAGUUCACACUAGCAUAUCCUCAAAUGCAAAAGAACGUAGGCAAACGCAAGCUGCGACUGUUUCAUUGUCUCAUUUUUUCCCACUUACGGAAAUGUUGGUAUUGAUGAUUGCGUAUGUCAGACUGCAUUAACAGACUUUUUGCUUGUGCUAGUACGUGCCUAAUUCAGGGUGUUCCCACAGAAAAUAAUCGUGGUGACUAAUGUAGCGUUUAUUGCAUUUGCCUUAAAACGCAUCUAAAUUACUUCAGUGUGAACCAUGCUUUAAACUAAGGUUGAUGGCAUGGUCAGUAAUGUUGUGCUCUUGAUUGUGUUUUUUAUUUAAAUUAUUCACAAAAAAUGAUUAUAGGCCUACAAAGGAGAAUGUAGCUUGAAUGCUUGAAGCCAUUUGUACCAAAGAUUGCUGAAAAUAUUUCUGAAUGGCUUCAAAAUUCUAUAAAAAUAUGAACAUAUACAUAUCUCUAAUAAAAUAUAUUGUAACAUUUUUUUAUUGAUUCCUCUAAAUUUAAUAGGAAAAUAUUUGCUUUGUUCUUGCAAUUUAAAUCUAAUAUGUUGGAAUUAUCUUUGUGUAUUAUUUAUUUGCCUUUAUGUACUUAGUUAUUUAAUUACAUUAAAAUUCUCAAUUAUUUAAAUUAUUUUCAAAUAUCUUUAAAUGAAAUCUUGAGAUUAAUAUUAUAUUGAUUUGCUGACGAAAUUUUGAAAUGCAAAGAUAUUUAUCUAUCAGAAUUAAGGUUUGGUAGUUGAAUAGAGUGUACACUCUAUUAAUGACAUACAAUUUAAUGUUUAUUACAGAAUUGUAUGCUAAACAGUGGCAGCGCCAGUGGGGAUGUCUUGGGGAUCAAGGCCCUUGUCGGGGAACCAACAUUCUGUUGGAAAACACUUUGAGAGUACCCUAUAUCUAGAGAUACCUAUUCUUAAAUUUGCUCUCUUCGGUCCCAAACAUUGUGGGUUUGAUGUUAGUGUGCACCCGUUGUCGGGAAUUUUGAACCACCUUGGUAGGGGAGCUGGUGCUGCCACCAAUGCUAAUGUAAACUUGAUUAUGUUUGAAGGAGACUGCCUGUGUUAUAAGCUAAUCAACUUGAAAAUAAGCUGUUCAAUCUUGUCCAGGCUAUCAAAUUUUAUUUGACCAAAACAUGCCACAUGCCUAGAUAUGGUAAUUAUAACAUCACAUCAUGACCAUAUAUAGGUACAUCAUGACUUAUAUAUGGGCAUACAACACAUUUUAAUCAGAGAAAGUUUGGACAGAGUUUAUAGUUGGUAUUACAGGUAGUAUGUCUUCAAGCAGAUGAUUGUGCAGCUUAAUUUGGAACAAUCAGUGUUACCCAGGUUUUAUUCAAAAGCCUACCUCAUGAUUUUCAACAACUUAACUUUAUGUUUCUUCUGCUUUACUCUCUGUGCUGUUCAUUAUUAGAUUACCUUUUCAUCAGUGGGCGAAAGAAUGUUAAUAUUGUCCGUUUGUGUUUUGUUUUAAAGAAAUCAGGGUCGAAAUACUAGUUUAUAAAAAGUGCCUUUUCUGUUUACUUUAAUAUCCAGGGAUUGGUGAAUAUUUUGUGGGGUUAAUGUAUAUAUUAUAAUCAUGUUUAUUUUUCCUUUUUCUUAGAUAUUUAUUAUUCUUUGUUAAAUACACACCAGUUGACGGUGUUUAAAAAAAUAGUUAUAUCUACAUUGAGUGAGGAAGUUUUGUGAAUUUUACAGAUUAUUUAGUAAAUUGUUUAAUUCUGUUUCCAAAGGUAUUUAUCAAAUAGUAUAGAAUUGCAAAAGGUCCGACUGCCCUGAUUUUGUAUGCAUGCAAUGAAACGUUAACAACAAUAUUACCACGAGAUAGGGGGCGCCCUAUUAAAAUUUGAACGUAGAGUUUGAAACGCGAACAUGCACGUAGCAUGCGUUCGAUAUGAACGCUAUGUUCUUCUGAAAGAUGCCAUUUAGUUUGUGAUAGUACUUUUUGAGAUAGAAUUGCGUUCCAAAGAAACCCUAAGAGUCGGAACUCUUGCAGUUCUCUACUCUGGUAUUAUUAAAUGGCAUUUGUUAACAGAAUCUAAUGCCAGUAAUAUGAUCCACAAAUGUAUGGUAAUAUACAUGUGGUUAAGUUGGGAGAAUUUGAAAGGAUUGAGAAUCAGGAAGGCCGCUCUAUUCAAAAAUUGUUGAUCAUCCCUUUCACACAAAUUUUAGCAGGGAGUGGGAAAUUUUUGUUUUACCUCAUUUCUAACAGUUACCCAUGAUACCUUGUAUAACUUUGUGCUCUAUUGUUUACAUUCAGUUGAUAGAGGGCGCUACUGCAACCACAAUUCAAUAGUGAUUUUCCAAGCAGUCUAAAUGGUUUAGGGACAUUUGAAGGGAUUGAAAAUAGAAUAUCUUGUUUCUAAAUUGAAUAUAUGUUGAGGUAGGAGGGGAUGGUCAACAACUUUUUACAUGGCCUGAUGCCAACAAUGAUUCUAUAACUUAUUUAGAAAUAGUUUUUUUGAAUGUAUAAAAGUUUUGAGCUGAUAGAUUUGUUUCUGAUCACUUUAUUAAAAUCUUCUUGAGCACACCAAAAAUGAUAUUGUUAAUAGUACUUUUAACUGUUGAAUGUUUAAUAUAGCUUUGUUAAUGAUCGUUUUUCACAAUUAUUUCUUUUCAUCUUUGCAUAAUUUGUAAUUUGGUGCAAUUUUUACAUUUUUAAAAACAAGUAAAUGUGAGAUAGACAAAGAUAGAAAUAAUGUUGAUGUUCGCGGAGUUGUUCCCGAUCUGAACGGUCUCUAUAAACAUGAGACAUUAUCUGUAUAUAGAUAUAUGUUGUGUGAUUGUCAUUGAUUUAUUGAAUAGCUUUUAUAUAACAUGUUUUUGGUUCUUAUACUUGUUAGAAUACAGAUUGUUUCCAGGUUUUUUUCUUGAUAGAUUUAGACGACACAUUGUAAAGAACGAACAGAUUGGAGUGAUUGGUAACGUAUUGUACAAUAAAAAAAUUACCCUAGCAUCAAUUAGAA